GUUGCGUGCGCGCUCCCGAGCGAAGGCGAAUGCGGUAGCGCAGGGGGAAAAAAAACAAAAAAAACAAGCAAGCGGCGCCGGAGACGGAAGAGGGGCGCAGUUCACCUCCAGCCAGCAGGACCUCAGUCUGGAGCUCUUUUUACACGCCCUGCCGGGUUGUGCUCGCCGCCGGAGACCCUCAUUUACGGACCCGAGGCGAUAGGAUGCAGUGUACACUCCGCUGUUGACCGGUCUGCAGACUCUCUGAUUUUCUUGUCCCUGGAGGGGGCCAAUUCCUGAGGUCCCUAUUCGAUCGAAGUCUUUGUCUGGACUACACGAACAGCUCGCCAUUGGAGUACACGGCUCACCCCUACUCGUGUUGUUCGGAUCAACACAGCUCAUCUCCUGACUGAGGAGAGCGCAGCAGCUGCACUUUUUACUGCCAAAAGUUCCCUCCUUUCCCCAGUCACACCGUCUUGUCACCAUGGUGCUUUCACAACGGCAACGAGAUGAACUAAAUCGAGCCAUAGCUGAUUAUCUGCGUUCCAAUGGAUAUGACGGAGCGUAUUCUACUUUCAAGAAGGAAGCUGAAUUAGACAUGAAUGAAGAGUUGGACAAGAAGUAUGCUGGCCUUUUGGAAAAAAAAUGGACUUCAGUCAUCAGAUUACAAAAGAAGGUUAUGGAACUUGAAUCCAAGCUGAACGAAGCAAAGGAGGAAAUCACCCUGGGUGGACCGGUUAGUCAAAAACGUGACCCCAAAGAGUGGAUCCCACGUCCCCCAGAAAGGUAUGCGCUAAGUGGGCACCGCAAUCCUGUUACCCGCGUCAUCUUCCACCCAGUCUUCAGUGUGAUGGUGUCUGCGUCAGAGGAUGCAACAAUAAAGGUGUGGGACUACGAGACAGGAGACUUUGAACGCACCCUUAAAGGCCACACCGAUUCGGUGCAGGACAUCUCUUUUGACCAUACUGGAAAACUGCUUGCAUCCUGCUCUGCGGACAUGACUAUCAAGCUGUGGGAUUUCCAAGGCUUUGAGUGCAUCAGGACCAUGCACGGACAUGACCACAACGUUUCAUCCGUAGCCAUAAUGCCCAAUGGAGAUCACAUAAUUUCUGCCUCAAGGGACAAAACCAUGAAAAUGUGGGAGGUGGCAACUGGUUACUGUGUGAAGACCUACACAGGCCACAGGGAGUGGGUCCGCAUGGUGCGGCCCAACCAGGACGGCACUUUACUUGCCAGCUGCUCCAAUGACCAGACCGUGCGUGUGUGGGUUGUGGCCAACAAAGAGUGCAAGGCUGAACUACGGGAGCACGAGCAUGUGGUGGAGUGCAUCGCCUGGGCACCCGAGAGUGCCCAUCCCACCAUUCUCGACGCCACAGGCUCUGAGACCAAGAAGAGCGGUAAGCCAGGCCCCUUCCUGCUGUCCGGCUCCAGAGACAAAACCAUCAAGAUGUGGGACGUCAGCACAGGCAUGUGCCUUAUGACUCUGGUUGGCCAUGACAACUGGGUGCGCGGUAUCCUUUUUCACCCUGGAGGCAAGUUUAUCGUGUCCUCCGCAGAUGACAAGACCCUAAGGAUCUGGGACUACAAGAACAAGCGCUGCAUGAAAACCCUCGGUGCCCAUGAACACUUUGUUACCUCUUUGGAUUUCCACAAGGUUGCUCCUUACGUGGUCACUGGGAGUGUAGACCAGACAGUAAAAGUGUGGGAGUGCCGCUGAGUCUGACACGAGGAUAGACCACCACCACCACCACCACCACCACCGACUACCCAGAAGCUCUUUGGGAUCCUUCCUCCUUCCUCCCCCUCCGUAUCAUUCCACCUCCUCACCUAAGCUAAACUUCACCCGCACAUCUUCAUCUCCCUCAGCUGCCACCAUGGUUACUCACCCCAUUGUGCUCCCCGGUCUUAAUAACCUUUGCCCCCACCCACCCUCUCUAUGUAAAUUAUUCCUGGAUGUAGAUCGAGCUAUUAAAUGUUACACGAAAAACAAGUAUUCUUGCAUGGUAAUCAAAACUUGUAUACUGUAAAUUUGCAUAAGGUGUAGAAGUACCAUAGGUUUAACACGCAGCCUUACUGACCACCCGAGGCAGAUGUUUUUGACUGGCUGUAAAACGUAGGGCACUAAAAAAUUAAUUUAAGAAACGACAGUGUCUUUAUGUGUAAGAUUAUUUGUGUCUAUUUUUUUAUUUACAUCUUUUUUUUUUUUCUUUCCCUUUUCUGUCCCAGUCUUGUCGGUGCCCAGCUUGGUAAAAACCUUUGCGAGAUAAGGCAGGAGAAGCAUAUGCGACGACACCGGCUGUAGCUUUAUACCAUCACUUCUCAAGUGUGCAUACCAUUUCUCUUCAUGUGGAAGUAGGUCGUGUUUUAAUGCUUGUACAUACCAAUGUUUCUAACUGUUCCUGGACCUCGGGGCGGGGGGGUGGGAUGAUGUGCUCUCGUCACGGUGGCACAUGAACAAAUGUUAGGCUCCCGUCUGCAUUUUGAGAAUAGCGGCACUAAAAAAAACUUACUGGAGCUCAACUGGGCCUGCCGGGUGGAGGCUGUCGCCGUGCCACAGCAGACCUGGUGGGGGGAUUACUCCGUUUGGAACAUCAGUUAGUUCAUUUGUGUCUUUUAUUAAGAUUUUUUUUCCUUGACACUGUGUUUAUUUAACUGAAUUUUGUGGACUGAAUUUUUUUUUUU